AAGUAUAGGAUAUUCGGUACAAUCAACACUAUACUGCAGUAGCCGAUGUCGCAAGCUUGGUGACGGUCAGUUCGAGCUCUCAUGUAGACUCCGUGAUCCUUUAUCCCAUGAACACUAUUACUUCUGCUACAGCACGACCAAUAUAUCUCUGUGAUCAGCUCAUCUCCUGCCACAAGCUUGUGAGUAUGUCUAAUCCAACGCCGAAGGCGCGAUGGAGCCCACCGAUAUGCUCUUGCAUUGUACGACUUGAACAGCACGAUCGAAAGGUAACAACGGCUAUCACUGUCUUCACUUUUGCACAACUUACUUCUGUAGUUUCGUUACUCUGCUUCCACAGCUGCGGCAGUAUUGGCGAGUUGUUGCGUUUCUCGACGUGUCUGAAACGCAAGAACCACUUCCAUGUCUCUUCACAAUUUCGAUUCCGACUACUCACUGCCACAUCUUCGUUUGCAGAUAGCGCAUUUAGAGCUUUCACAAGCUAGCUUGGAGCCAACAGCCCAGAUUUAGGGGGGUGCGUUUGGCUCUCACCUGCCAGGCUGGCGAAUACAGAGCUCUCUCACCUGCUCCUUCUGCGUUUGUAGACUU